GCAAUGCUUGAAGCCAACCAACGGCGUCGACGCCACGAUGCCACCCACCGGUGCGAUGAGUGUGGGCAGACCUUCACAGCUAUAUUUAAUUUGAAGCGUCAUAUGCAGUCUCACAAUGGUGUGAGACCAUUCGUCUGCCGCAUUCCUGGCUGUGAGAAUGCAUUUUUUAAUCAGAGUGACUGCAGACGCCACGAGAAA